AUGCCCACAAUCAAUAAUCUUAGUGUCCGCAUUGACUGGUUGAUGAAGAGCCGCGCAACGUGUCCCUUUACCACACUCACUCGAGUCCUUGCCAACAGCACUGACGCCACCAUCACUUCCACCCACAGCAGCCAUUCACCCUUAACAUCAGCAUCUUCUACAUCUCUGAACAACGGACUAGGGAUUACAGCCCACAGACUAAACCACCAUUCAGCCAGUGACCCGUACUCUUUGUCACUCCCCGCCAAGGCGGACAAAGCUCCAACUAAAUGCAAGUCUGUCAGAAUGCACAUCGCAUGCUUUGAUGUGUCCUACUUCGGAGUAAAGGCAGCGCAAAAAUCCCCAAAGGUUUGA